AUGUCAUCGCCUAACGAACAGUUCUAUAUCCGAUACUACUCCGGUCACUCUGGCCGUUUUGGUCAUGAGUUUCUUGAAUUUGAUUUCAAGGUUGUCCCCGGUGGCUGCGCCCUCGCCCGAUAUGCGAACAACUCGAAUUAUCGAAACGACUCCUUGAUUCGCAAAGAGAUGUUCGUCAGUGCUCUCAUGAUUAAAGAGAUCAAGCGCAUAAUCAAGGAGAGCGAAAUCAUGAAGGAAGACGACGCGAAAUGGCCACAGAAGAAUAAAGAUGGAAGGCAGGAGCUAGAAAUUCGCAUGGGGAACGAGCAUAUAUCGUUUGAGACGGCGAAAAUUGGGUCCUUGGUUGAUAUCCAGGAAAGUGCGGAUCCAGAAGGUCUUCGGGUUUUCUAUUAUCUCGUUCAAGACUUGAAAGCUUUGGUAUUUUCUCUCAUCAGUUUGCACUUCAAGAUCAAACCUAUUUAA